CUCGGAGGGUGAGGAUCGCUCUUUGGAAUACUACUCUAUACAGAAAUCUGCAUAUAUUUUUUUUUCAAUCCAGGAUUAUUUUUCAAUUAAAGUGGUAUGCUACUUUGGAAUAUUAUUUCAUCCAUUUUUAUGGACAAAGGGAGUGAAACUCGAAAAGAACUACGACAACAAAAACAACAACAAAGAAUCCCUGUUGAAAAAACCUGAGGCAUUUGGAAAAAAAACUAUUAAUCUCACAAAAGAAGUCCAGUCUGUAAAAAAACGACAUGGUUGGAAUCAAGCCCACUGAUCUGGCUCCUUCAGCCACUGUGAAGUUUUUCGGUGCUGGAACAGCAGCCUGCAUCGCUGAUUUGGUGACCUUUCCGCUGGACACCGCCAAAGUCAGGCUCCAAAUCCAGGGUGAAUCCAAACCUGUUGAAGGAGCAGCAGGGGUGAAGUAUCGGGGUGUGUUUGGUACCAUCGCCACCAUGGUGCGCACAGAGGGGGCGAGGAGUCUCUACAACGGGCUGGUGGCCGGGCUACAGAGGCAGAUGAGCUUUGCAUCUGUCCGAAUUGGCCUCUAUGACUCUAUGAAACAGUUCUACACUCGGGGAUCUGAGAAGGCAAGCAUUGUGAGUCGGUUGCUAGCCGGCUGCACUACCGGGGCCAUGGCUGUGACUUUUGCGCAGCCUACAGAUGUAGUGAAAGUACGCUUUCAGGCCCAAGUGCGUCUAGCUGACGGAGCAAAACGUUACAACGGCACCAUGGAUGCCUACAAGACCAUCGCUCGUGACGAAGGCAUCAAAGGGCUGUGGAAAGGUUGCUUGCCAAAUAUCACAAGAAACGCUAUUGUGAACUGUGCUGAGCUGGUAACCUAUGACAUCAUCAAAGAGCUUAUACUAAAGUACGAUCUCAUGACAGAUAACUUGCCCUGCCACUUCACGGCUGCGUUCGGAGCUGGUUUCUGCACCACUAUCGUGGCCUCUCCAGUGGACGUGGUGAAGACGCGCUUUAUGAACUCCACUCCAGGCCAGUACAGCAGUGCCAUCAACUGUGCGCUCUCCAUGCUGACAAAGGAAGGACCGGCUGCCUUUUAUAAAGGGUUCAUGCCAUCGUUCCUUCGCCUGGGAUCCUGGAACAUUGUAAUGUUUGUCUCCUAUGAACAAAUAAAGCGAGCUGUGACAAGGGCGCAGCAAUCCUGGGAGGCACCAUUUUAGAGUUGUUUUUCUUUAGAUGAGGAAACAAAGAAGGAUACAACAGACAACUUAAUCUCCACCCUGUCCUGUAAAUUACAUAAUGAAUUGGGCACUGAUCGCAUAAAAACCGUUCAUGGUAGCGAGAGAAGACCACUUCGAAUGUGGAAUUAAGUUUAAUCUUGGAGAUGAACUGAGAUAUAAAAACAUUGCACUUUUUAUACAAAAGUGAAGGAGAUGAUCCUGUGGACAAGGCCAAGUACAGUUUGGAACUAUCGGUAGUGUCCAGGCAAGACAACACAAUUCCCCAAAAGAGCUUGCUGAUCUUUUUGUCUUCUCUAUAAAUCAUGCACAUAUUUGUGUCUUGUUUGAAUAUUUGUUUGCAUAGGUUUCAGGUAAUAAGAUGUUUACAUAAUUGUUUACAACCGCCACACAUUUUGGGUCCAUAGAUAGUGGAUUGGAUAUGACUAUUUUAAAUAGACAGAUUUGCUCCACAUAUAACGAUUGUUAUAAAAAAAUAUAUACAACGUGCAUUCCUGUUAAUAAAAUUAAUACUGUAAAUGUA